AUGACGCUGGACCUCGUGGAUGACCGAUUUGACGAGGGGGCGAAGAGACAGCAGUUGCUAAGCUUAUCCCUGCAGGAAGCGAACUGGAUGAUUGAUGUCGACACACUCACUGACCACAUCGGCAAGGAUGCUUUUGAGUGGCGUGUUGAAGGAAAGCUACAUACGUUUUUGGCCCGGCACGCUGGGAACGUCAUGUUGUGCUUUCGCCAAUCAGAGGCCCAGCCGAUCUUGCCUGGGGAUCUUGCUGGACAUCUCGUACUGGCAAACACCUUAGAGCCAGCUCGAAAUUUGCUGACAUUGCAGUUGAGCUUUGCACCACUGGAGGUCUGCUUAAUGCAGGGAAUGUUCAGCCAAUUGUUGGAGUUCUUUGAAAGAGACACAGGCUCUCCGCAGUGGUCGGGUGCAUACGACGCUGAGGAACGUCUACAAAUUUCACAGCAAGUCGUGGACAAGGUGUACGCGCAGAUUCCUGACGAGAUACAGCUGGAUGUCCGCAUCUCUUCGCCUGUGGUUAUCGUUCCCGUGGAAGAUGUUGGCUUUGCGCGCUUCAGUUUGGGGGACCUGCAUCUUGUCACAUUGGGGCCCUGCGCAUACGACCGCGUUGCUUGCAAGAUGAAUAUGGACGACAUAUCCCUUCGUAGCAGCACGGCCAGAGGUGCAAACUUCAAUGUUGUGAAGCCUUUCCAUCUGUGCCUUGAUGUGCAGAUCCAGAUGUUGGAUGACGAAAACCACGCGGAGGUCCAGGCAACCAUGAGCCAGGCUUCUUUGUCUGUGGCUCCGGAAUCGCUGCAAAUACUUGCUUCCAUUCCAUCGGCUUUGUCAUCUCUGGCAUCGCCUAAAAACGAGGAGGCCGAAGCAUCUGAAGGAUCCGAAGUGCAAGGUGAUCAUCACCAGAGCACUUUGUCAGAUGCGGCGGCGGCUGUCGAAGCAGCAGCGAGGCGGCUAGAGAGCGCGCAGCAGAAGCAGUUCCGGCUGGACUUGAAGCUCGACAUUGAGGACAUAAGCGUUGCCCUGUGUGACUUCCAGGCGCCGGUGAUGCGGGCACACAUCAAUACACCUUCGCCUUCGGCACGGCUGCAUUUACAGACCAUGCCGCACUUUUUCUCGCUAGAUGUGGACAUUGACUCUCUGAAGGUUGAUGUGUUUACUUCUGCGCUCCGAUGCUGGGAGCCUUUCCUCGAGCCCUUCGCAGCAUCCUUGCAGGUCGUUCGAACACCGGAAGGGGAAGACGGCAACGCCCAGCAAGUGGUCGUCGCAGGUCAGGGGCCGCUACUGGUCAACAUCACACCGAACAUUGUUCAGCGCACAGCCUUCUUGCUGCAAUUGCUGUCCGAGGCCAGCCGCUGCCAGACAAAAAGAGGUCAUCGGGGGAAUCGCGGGCGUGCAUGUUGGGCUAGUGGCGCCAGAUACCGCGUGGUCAAUAUCUGCGAGUACCCACUCGAGUUAGAAGUUCCAGGUGUCCAGCACACGGUGACGGUGCCGCCUACAGGCUCACUGUGGGAGCCACUGGAUGACUGGGUGCUUCAGAACUUUGCCACUGCACUCCGCGUUCGUGUGCCAGGAGGAUCCUAUUCGGAGCUUCUAUUCCUUGAACGCGUGGGUGAUGUCGUGAUUCCAAAUGGUGAAGCUGUUGCUGAGAUGCACGUUGAGGAUUCGCAGAGACUACUACUUCUCGCACCGCUGCUUCGCUUGUACAAUAGGACAGCUCUCACACUGGUGCUGCGUUUUCUUGACCCGUUCCAGCACGAGGUUCUGAUGCUGCAUGUACCACAGACCGCAGUUUGCGAUGCUGCAGUCCUUGGCUAUGAGGAGCCACCUACAACAUCUAGGAACAGCUGCGGACCUCCAGAGGGCGAAGGUCAAGAGGAGGGGGCACUGGUGCUACCACCGAACAGCUUCGGAGCUGUUCCGGUGCCAGUGUUUGCCAGGCGGAGGCCCGCUGCAGGAGGCUCUCGCGUGCAUCGUGCGUGGCUGACAGUCCAGCCGCUCUUCGACUCUGUCCCUGCAAAAGUGCAAGUCGGCAGUGGGCUGGGUCCGCAGCUCUGUUGUGCUGCAGGGCCUGCAGGCCAAAACGAGACGGUUCUUGUCGUGGAGCCACAGGCACAAAAGGAAUGCAUGGCCACGACUGUGUGCUUGAGACCUGCUCUGGUCUUCAUAAACGGUCUUCCACUAGGAGGUCUGAGCAUCAGCUUUGCUCCCGGAGAUGCUGCAGCAGCAAGCUUCCAAUGGCAGCAGGUGACGUUGGAGAAACUGACCAGGCAUGACAUAUACAGCUUCCUUGGCUUGGCGGAGGAGGUAGGCUUGCAAAUCUGCUUCCGGCUUGGCAGUGUGGCACCAUGGUCUGAGGUUGUGCAGUUUGAGGGCAACUGCUUCCAGCAGGCAGAUGACUCGCCUGGAGCGGCGAGAUGCAGCAGAACGGUACAAAUUUACCAGCUUGCAGGUGAGGCCGGGGCAGCCGCAGGUGUUCUGGUUGAGGUGUGUGGCCAGACAGAGAUUCGAGUGACGUGCCCAUGUUGUUUCAUCGACCGAUCUGGGAUUGAGAAACCACUGGCGCUGAGCAUUCUUCACGGUGGAAAAGCAUUGCCGCAAGAUGGGGGCGUCAUCAUGCUUCCUGUCAACGGCUUGCAAGACCACUGCGAGCUGCUUCUGCGAAGCGGCCAUGACUCGUUGGCGCUUCUCGGUCUUCCUUCUCCUACAAGCUGGGCCACCGUGUUUUGGGAAACCCCUUGCGGUGAUUUCACUUUCUGUUUGCAAGUCUCGGACGUCGUGGAUUUUGAGCCUGGGAACACGCACCUCUUUGCCAGAUGCCAGGUCAUGACCUUGCGACCCCGCUUUGUGUUGACCAAUGCGUCCACUCGGGACAUUGAACUGUCCCUUGAUGAACAUCGACGACUACGCCUUGCCGGCAACCAGUCGAUAGAGGUCCAUUGGCGCCACGAAGCCCAGGAGUCCCCGGAGCAGGCGGCGGUCUUGCACUUCCGACCGCUGCAGCCGGAUGGCCAGACUGGAGCUUGGUCCGGCAGCGUAGUUUGCAGUGACGCCUCGGCUGGGUUGUCUGCAUUUGCCAUUCCUACGAUUCCUUGUGAGGAAGAUGGCAAGAACGAGACAGCGGAGCAGGAAAUAUGGAGUGUCGAAGUUACACCCGACCGCGGCGCUUUGGCGGUUUCAUUCAAACGGGGAUCUGACUAUGUUGCUCAGAACUUGGCGCUCCAAAGUCGAGCAACAUUGCUCGUGCAACCAGCAGGCUGCAAACACAGCAUAGUGGUGCCUCCAGGCCAUGCCGCCGAGUACGGCUGGCGAGAACCCAUGCCAUUGGAGUUCGCUGGACGGGAAAAAGCAUCUCCACUAGCUGUGGACGUGGUGGUGAAUGGUCUGAGGCAUCGCAUCGAUGAUGUGAGGCGAACCCUCCACCAGCCACUACCUGGAGCUGAUGGGUUGGCUGUGUGCAUCGUUCGUUCUCACGCCAAGACGGUUCUCACUUUGCUGGACGGAGAAGGCUCUUCCGACAUGGCGGCCUCCUCGGUCGCAACCGCCCCAUGGUGUCAGCACGUGGAGGUAAAACUAAGCCGGAUUGGUCUCUCUUUUAUCGAAGGUGGGAUCGAUCCUGAAGAGCUCUUGUACCUGCAGUUGGACUUGAUUCGGAUCGACCUGCGACAAGGCUCAAGAGAGCCGCGGCAGCUGCGCCUUUCCAUCGCCUCAGCACAGGUGGACUGCCAACUCCCGGGUCGCAUUGACGGAGGUCGAGACGUCCGCCGUGACAGCAGCCUUGGCGUUCUGCGAAGUUCACCUCCCGCAGUGAUCUUUGCUGGUCGAAGCAACGAAGGCCGAGCACUCCUAAGUCUGUGCGUGCAGCAGGACACAACUUCUACGAAGGACUUGGUAAUACCAUAUGCCGAGAUCGCGUUGGACGCUACAGACCUAACAGUGGAUGACCAAUGGCUGGAUCGGCUGGCCCGUAUGGCAUCGCAAGCGCGUAUCCCAAGCCAAAGAGAAAAGUCCACCUUCCGGGACAUGUUGGGUUUGGCUGGGAAGCCGAUUGUGGAAGGCUAUGUAUCGCCAACCUGCCCUCGAGUCGUACAGAUUGAUGCUCUGCAUAUUUCAAGCAUAUCAGUCACUGUGUGGUGUUCCAUGCGACUUGAUAGUGUCCACUUCUUGCCAAAUUACGCACGCGCAGCCAUUCGUCUCCUCAGUUUCAGUGAGAGAUUCAACCUUGAUGGCGCGUCACUCUCACUGCCAAAACGGUCCUUGCCGCCGUACCGUGGUUCUUUGCACGAUUUUCUUGGAUGCUUAGCUGCCGAGUACACGGUGAACCUUCUGCGUAAUGUUGGAGCAGUUCUUGGACGGAGCUCCGUGUUGAAGCUGCCACGGGUGCCUCUCAAGCUCGGGGGCACUGCCGUGUCUUAUGUCACAGACGGCAUGAGUUUGGCGGCAGGCGAAGCCGCAGCACUACUGAACAAGCUCACCUUCGACGAGGACUUUGUUGCUCGACAGCGUCAGCAGCAGGGCACAAAGCAAAUUAGGGGGUUGGGCGAUGGCAUUGUGGAAGCCAGCAAGUCCAUCGCCCAAGGCGUGGAGGGCUUUAUGGACGUUGUUACCAAACCUGUCCAGGGUGCUCGGAGCAGCGGUUUGGGUGGCUUUCUGAUGGGAGUUGGGAUCGGAAUGGCUGGCAGCGUCGUGAAGCCUGUCUCGCGGGUUGGCCAGGCCAUCUCAGACGUUGGCUCGGGGCUGGCAGCCGAACUCGCUCCGGAGUCGAGCCCUGCACAGCGACGGCGUUCCAGGAUGAGGAAGCGCCAGCCGCGACUGAUCUUCAGCGUUCCAGCUAGCUCGUCAGCCGAUUCCAUGGACGACCCAGGGCCCGCUCACAUCCGCCCGUUCUCCGACCUGGAGGCUGCGGCACUCCAUCACCUGGGGGCCGGAUGCUUGCGUGGGAUACAGGAGGCGGUUCCUCUGACAUCGCAGCAUGGCCCACAGGCGAUGGUGCUGCUGUUGUUUGAAACGCACUGCUUGCUGACAGAGAUUCCUGUUCCCUCACACGCGAGGAGCGCAGCUGCGAGACCCGCCGAUGGAGCAACACGGUUGACUGCACAUGCAUUGAAGCCCAUCAAUACACUGGUUUACGGUAUUCAGGAUCUGAGCAGGUCAUCAUCGUCCACGUCAGCGCCGUGCGCAGAAAGCAGCACCCGCCGGCAGCUUCGCCGCCUGAGUUUCCAGGACCUUACAGCAGUGGCAACGCUGCAAGAUGGCAACGUCAUAGAGCUGCAUGCCGAUGGCAAUGACAUCCUGGCCUUGCCUCUCUUUUCUGCACCGCUGGGGCAGGCCAGUCGAGACGCGCUGGCGGCCGGAUUCCGGUCUGCCUUGGAGGAUGAAGGGAGGAAAACUUCCUGGUCGACAUUGUCACGGACAGUACGGCUUGAAAAGCAGCCCUCAAGGUUGCUCGAAAUCCAGGACGAUGCAAAACUGCCUGGAGCUGGAGUACGGAAGUUGGUGGUUUUUGAAGUCGAGCGCAGACUUCCUGGUGCAUCUGAGUGGCUGACACCCUUUCUUCCGAUGGAUGCCGGAUUGACCUGGCGUUGGGUGGACACACGUGGGCGUCCCCAUCCGCACCUUUCACUGGGCCUGACGCGCUUGCAAGCAGCAAGCAGCGCAUCUCCCCCUUGCAGGCUUGGGAGCCUUUUUCGGCCAACGUCAGAUUGGCAGCUUGAAGUGGGAAAUGCCACCGACCACAGGGGAUGGUCAUAUGCCAUGGCCUGGAAUUCCUCCACCUGGGAGCCAGUUCCCGGUCCGCUUGACGUCUUACGGCGAAGGCGAUGGGCGAGGACAUUCACCUGA